CGCAAUUUUGCAUUUAUUUUUUCAUCUUAUUUGCAAAACUAUUUCUAAAUCACUGGAAGGCGCCCACAUUUUUCACUAACACAAGGAGUAAAAUACAAACAACAGCUGGACUGCUCUAUCAAACCUAUAACUGCCGGACAAAUCGAUAAUCAUCAUACAGCUGGUAAAAGAAAUAAUCGUUAUCGAAAAACACAGGGUGCACUGCAAUACUAAAUGAGCAGCAAGCGCACUCUUUUAUCGACAUCACCUGAUCAUAAAGAACAUACACCAAAAAAAUACGCGCCGUCCCUAAAUAUGAGUGUAAGCAGUCAUCAAGACGUGUUUACAUGGAGCAAACUAUGCGAAGUCCUGGACGACAAAUUGAAGGGUGUAGCAAAGAAAGAAGAUCUGACGGAUAUCAAACAUGAAAUUGAAGAAUUAAAACAUGAGAAUUCUAAAUUAAAGGAAGACAUAAAGAAAUUAACAAACCGUCUAGAACUAGUUGACCAGAAAUCGAGAACCACAAAUAUCAUGGUACCGCCAGCGAAGUCCAAAGGGUUUUAAAUGCUAGAAGUAACCUUAAGGGACAAGCAAUUUUUAUUCAGAAGGAUUACACUGCAGCUGAACAGUCUAUUAGAUACAAUCUCAGGCAAGUUAGCAAAGUAAUAUCUAAGCAUAAAAAAGAUGUAAAAGUACGGCUUGGUGAAUUUUGUAUCUACAUCAACGAUAAACGCUUUACUUGGUUCAAUGGAAAGAUACGUUCUUCCGCUACAAACGAUGUAAAAUUUCUAGAAGAUAUAUUAGCUGAAUGCGGUUUUAGUUGUGAGGUUGUUUGCAACGAAAACGUAGUAUUAAAUAAAAACGAUAACAAUCCUUAUGUACAAUAGCUAGCUGAUUCGUGCCAUAUAAUAGCUUAUAACGUUUGUAACCUUGAAAAAUCGCUAAAUUUUGGAAACUUUAUAACCUUUUUAAAUAAGUUUGAUAUUUUCUUUUUGUUUGAAACCCAUGUUGUUGCUAAUAAACAAACUUAUUUCUCAUCAUUUUUUCAAAAUUAUUGUCUACACUGGGUUGAAGCAAUUAAAAUACAUAAAUCGGGUCGUGCUAGUGGAGGUUGCCUAUUCGGUUACAAAAGAGAAAUGAAAAAGAAAUACAAGCUAAACUUUACCGAAUGCAAUAGCCAUACAAUGCUAUCUGUGAAUAUUGACGGAAAUUUAUUCCAACUUAUCCCGACCUAUCUGAAUAGUACGAGCUGGAAGAACGAUGCAGAUAAGUUUGUAUCAUUUUUGAGCAGUCUAAAUCCAACCAGCUUCUGUAUUAUGGGAGAUCUAAAUGCAAGAAUAGGUGAACAACAAGUCCUGGACGAAAAUAUAAUCAGGGACCAACCUCAUAUAAAUGUAAUUAGGUGCUCUAAAGAUAAGAAUAUAAAUACACAAGG